CGCAACCGCAACCAUCACCAACCAUUAUAAACUACUCUCAUCAUCAAUCCAUCACCAACCCAGCACCCACCAUCCCAAAAUGACCAACCCCACCACCAUGAAAGCCUGGCUAUACAGCCAAACGACCGGCGGGCUGGAGAAAAACCUCACCCUGACGACCACCGCGCCCGCGCCCCCGGCCCUGAAAAACAACCAGAUCCUGAUCCGGGUGCUCACUGCAGCCCUGAACCCCGCCGAUUACAAAGUGCCCGCGAUGCCCAUAGUCAACAGGCUGCUGAUCAGCAAGCCCGCGAGCCCCUGUAUCGACUUCGCAGGCGAAGUAGCCGCCACAGGGGCCGGCGUGUCGGAGUUCACGACCGGGCAGAUUGUGUUCGGGGAUUUGGGGCUGCCGACGAAGUUUGGGACGUUGGGGGAGUAUGUUGUUACGGUGGCGGAGAAUCUGUGUGCGGUGCCGGAGGGGGUGGAGGUUGAUCAUGCGUCGACGGUGGGGGUGGCGGGGCAGACGGCGUGGCAGUCGAUUGCGCCCUAUGUGACUGCUGGGGCGGGGGAGAAGGUGCUGAUCAUUGGGGGCUCUGGGGGGUGUGGGACCUUUGCGAUCCAGAUUGCCAAGGCGUUGGGGUGUGUGGUCACCACGACGUGUUCGACGAAGAAUGUGGAGUUUGUGAAGUCGUUGGGGGCGGAUGAGGUUAUUGAUUAUACCACUGAGGAUGUGGUGGGGGUGUUGAAGGCUAAGGGGCAGGUGUUUAGCCAUGUCGUCGAUCAUAUUGGUGAGCCGGCGGACUUGUAUCGCGAGAGUGAUAAGUUCUUGCUGCCUGGGAAGGUGUUUGCGCAGGUGGGCGCGAAUUGGAUGCCCUUGUUUGCGGUGAGGUUGCUGAGGCCGGCGUUUUUGGGUGGCGGAAGGAGGAGGUAUGUGCCUCUCUUCUGGAAGAGUAGUAAAGAGGAUUUGGGGAAGGUGGGGGAGUUGAUUAAGGAGGGGAAGGUGAAAGUUGUCCUUGACAGUGUGUUUGAGUUUGAGGAUGCGCCGAAGGCGUUUGAGAAGUUGAGGUUGGGGAGGGCGAGGGGGAAGAUUGUUGUGCAUGUGGCGGAGAGGGAGUAGAUUGAUUGUCAUGAACGGGGUUUAAUGUGAGGAAAGUCGUGUAUUUCAUAAAGCUAUGGACUUUUUUUUAACUAAUUACAGUGCAAGUCAACCCCUUAUGAGUCAGUUCGUUUCAAGAAUGUCAGAGCGCCCGCAGCCAUGGCAUCCACGGCGGUCUGGAGAGUGGGCUCGAUCACCGGCGCAAAAAACGGCGAGUGAUUGCCAGGGAGGCCUUUUACAGUCCCCUUCUUGACGGCAUCGUCCCAGGUC